UGUGCUGCAGUAGAGAGCCCUUCGCUCAGCCAACUGCUACUUCUCUGUGGAGGACAUUGCAUCCUCCGUGCCUUUUUUUUUGUUUUUCUUUGCUCACAUUUUUUUAAAUCAUGCUUGGAGUGCCUGAAUGAAAGCGGACAGAUUGAGGGGGAAAGGACGAGACUAUGUGUGUGACAGAAGAGCAAAGCAUGCUGCAGUGAGUCAAACAGAAAAGAGUGAGAGCUCUCCACACCCAUGACCGUGUGCCUGUUUGUGAUCGAGUUAGACACAGCCAAACGGACUCGUUCAUCACCUGACAGAGUCGCAGUGCACAUUGUGUGGUGAGACCAAAGGUCUUCUUCAAUCAAGAUGGACUUGGGGAUCAUUAUGGUGUGUGCUGACCUGAGCUAAAGAUCUCCUUAUGGAUCAGCUAGAUUCAUGGUCUCCACCGCCAUACUUCGAUGAAGACAGUUACCUCCCCCUUCCCAGGAAUAUGAAAGGUUUAUCAAGCAGUCGUCCUCAGCUCACCUUCACAUCAGGUCACAUCUGUGGGCUGCCAGACUGCGAUCAGUCCCUUGACCACUUGCAGCAUGUCGGCCCUGAUUCCCGCACUCCUUACCUGCUCAGUCCAACCGAGAGCUACCCUCUGGAUCCACACCGCUGCUCGCCCCGCAGCUCCAUCCACUCGGAUUGCAUGGUGAUACCAGUUUCUAUGGCAUCUGACCACGUUUCCAGCAGCACCUUUCCCAGAAUGCACUACAGUUCACACCACGACGGCUCAAGAGACGAAGGCUCCACUUCUCAUGGCGGCGGUGGCGGAGGCGGAGGUGGCAGUGGAGGGAUCGGAGUUGGAGGUGGGGGAAGUGGGUCUGGGAAGAUGAAUCGUAUUCCUGCGAACCUCCUGGACCAGUUCGAGAAGCAGUUGCCGAUUCAUAGAGAUGGUUUUCACACGCUGCAGUACCAGCGCACGUCCGCAACCACCACAAGCAGUGAACAGCGCAACGAGAGUCCCGGGCGUAUCCGCCACCUGGUGCACUCCGUCCAGAAGCUCUUCACCAAAUCCCACUCACUCGAGGGAUCAUCCAAGAUGAACGGCACCAAGGGAGACUCUCGCUCAGACAGCGGACACCACCACCACCAUCACGGACAUCACCAUGGGAACCACAAACACAGCAAACGGAGUAAGAGCAAGGAACGCAAGUCAGACUCCAAGCAACGCUCAGGGAUAGCAGGCUGGUGGAGUUCUGAUGACAACCUGGACAGUGACAGCACCUACCGGACUCCCAGCAUCAUGAGCCGCCACCACGGAGAUCAUAUCACUCACUGUUACCCGGACACAGGCCAUGGCCACUUUGGUGACCUUUCACUCAAGACCUCCAAGAGCAACAACGAUGUGAAAUGUUCGGCAUGCGAUAACAUCUCUAUGGCCCCUGAGGGCAAAUUUAUGAAGCGCAGCUCCUGGUCGACGCUGACUGUCAGCCAGGCUAAAGAAGCCUACCGCAAAUCUUCCCUCAACCUGGAGAAACCAACCAUGCCUCAAGAUCUGAAGUCCUCCAUGAGGCCUUGUAAUUAUUUGCAGGUCCCUCAAGAUGAAUGGGGAGGGAGAGAUGAGGAGAUCCCAUGCAGAAGGAUGCGGAGCAGCAGUUAUGUUAAAGCCAUGGGUGAUCAGGACAGCGGAGACUCCGAUGGCAGUCCUAAAAACUCCCCACAGAAAAGUGUGCGACCCAAUGCUCUUGUCAGAGCCGUGCUGCAGAGACAACUUUCAGAUCAGAGCUCAUAUCGUUUGGACAAGUCAAGCCGAGAUGUGGUCAAAUACCUCACCAAUAUCACUGCAGAUUUAAGUCAAAGCUACCAUCUUCAUACCUCUAGGGAAAUCCAUCCCAGCAUUACACUGGAACCGUCUCCCAACUACAGCUCCCCGAAGUUCCGCUCCAGGAACCAGAGCUACAUGAGAGCGGUCAGCACCCUGAGUCAGGCCAGCUGCGUCAGCCAGGUCAGCCAGAUGAGUGAGACUGAGGUUAAUGGGCAGUUUGAGUCGGUGUGUGAAUCUGUUUUCAGCGAGGUGGAGUCUCAGGCCAUGGAUGCUUUGGACCUGCCGGGCUGCUUCAGGACACGCAGCCACAGUUACGUACGAGCCAUCCAGGCCGGAUUCUCACAGGACGAUGACUGCGUCCCCUCCAUGACAUCAUCCACUGUCACCUCCACCAUCAGGUCCACCACAGAGGGAAAUGAUGUGCUGGAGGGCAUUGGUUUUCUUAAUGAGGACAAUUUACCCAUCGAGGGGCCAGACUUUACCUACAUGGCCCGUGGGAAUACGGGGCUCCAUGGGAGAGGAGUUGAAUCCAGCAGCCUUUAUGGUAAUAGCUCACCUACGACGACUCCCCCAUUACCCCCGCUGAAAACCAGCGCACCCAUCAGGCCACGACCUGUUCAGUCAAGUGUCCAGGAGACAGCGGAUCUGGCCCUGGUCAUCAGCCAUCAGUGGAGGGAGGAUGUGUCAGCCAUGCGUAAAGAGUUAGCCGAGCUCAGGAAAGAUCUGUGCACUGAGCUCAGAGCUUUCAACAGGAACUUUUCCACCUUUACGCAACAUUACAGCACCUGGUCACCGAGAUGGGUAAGGGAAACCCAGACAACUGCUCCUCAAGUGUCCGUCAGCACCCAGGCAGGAAGCAAGACCCUGGUGCGACAGAACACAGCAGACGCAGCGGUUAACUGCCCCUCACCGGUUGAUCCCAAUGUUUUAUCCAUGUCUCCUUCAGAACAUGCAGAUAAAAAUGUCCUGCAAGUCUCUACCUCUUUAACAUUUUUUCAAACUGACCCCAACUCUGAAUUUGUAGACAUUGAUGAUCCUACUUUUGCAAAUCUUACCCCUCCAGAUCCUAUUGAUGUGGCGUCGCUUUGUUGGCCUGAUCUAGAUUCAGACUCCAUGACUCCUCCAGAUCCCCCAGAACCAGUGCCAGAGGUAGAACCGUAUUGCUUUACGAAGUCAUCCACUCCUGGGCAUGUGGAAUCAGUUGUUUUAGACUUCACAAAUGUAGAACUAGUGAACUUGGCCAGUUUGCAUUGGCCUAAACUGGAUCCGGAUGAUACUGGUACUCUACCCCAAGAAUUUCUUGAUCAUCCCUCUCAAGAAUCUCCAGAACAACCUGGUACAAAUACACCAGACCAUGGUAGCAUGACUACACAGGAACAGUCGGUUCUAGAAUCCAUGCAGACGUUUUUGCUGAGUCAUCCAGAUGAAGAACCUAUGGACUUCACUUCACUAGAAAUGGACUCCUUUGCCUUGAGUCCAGUGACCCCAGAUUCUAUGAAUCUUCAAGACUUAAAAUGGCCAAGUUUAGAAUCUCUUGAGCUCAAUGUUUCUGGCUCUCAAAGCCCCUCUCCUAUAGAUCUAGCCCUGCCAAACCCUCCGACACCAGAAACUGUCUAUGAGUGUUCCUGUGAAGCCACAGUACAAGAACCACCCCUUCCAGAACUACUGGACACCAUUUAUCUCCAACCAGCAACUCCAGAGCCUGAAUCCCGAAUAGAAUCUGACAUAUCAAACCCAGCAAGUUUUGAAUCUCAUUUUCCUACUUGUCAAAAGCCAGCAGCACACGAACUAGACACUCAUUCUCUUGUUUUGUGGUCAAAAAAGGAAACAUUCAUGCGCUGUGCAGAAGAAGGUGGUGCCAUGAACAUCCCAGAGUCCUACUUCGAAGAAGAUAUUGGCCAGAUUUUUUAUUCUUCUGCCUCCAUUUUAAAUUUCCCAAUCCAGCCAGACACUGUGGACUCAGCUCCCCUGGAGUCUGAGACUCUCUUCUCUGCCAUUCUGUGCUCAGUUGAGUCAGAUAGCUUAGAUCCUGAAGUUACUAGCAUAGAUGGACCAAUGUCACAGGAGCUGAACCCACCUGGACUUGCUACCAUAGACCCAGCAACUGUGCACCCCUUCAAUUUAUCCCUGUUAGAGCUCCAGUCUGCCUUAGAUGUAUCUAAGAGUGAAACAAGCGAUAAUGGGUCACCAAAGGGAACAGCAGCCAUAAGCAGCCCUUCUCAUUCACCAUCCGCUAGGGAUUUCCUUUGGAUUCGUUGGCAGCGGAAAGCACGUGGACGGCAGCUGAUGUCACGGAGUGCCAGAAUUCAGUUCCAUCUCCCUUCUUCAGGCAGUGUGGACCGUCCUUCCCAGCAACCACCAGCGGUCACCUACACACCCAGUACACCCACCUAUAAGAGGACCCCUCCACCUGUGCCCCCUCGUUCCACCUCCAAACCUCUCAUCUCCAUCACAGCGCAGAGCAGCACAGAGUCCACACAGGACGCCUACCAUGAGGGACAACUGGCCAGAGGGGGCAUCUGGGGCUCUGAUGGGUUGAGUCUGAGUUUGGGUCGAGCCCUUUAUAACUCCACUGACAGUCUGGACAGUGCCAAGGCCGUCACUAUCGCCAUGGAAGCAGCUGCCAUGGCAAUGGCAGGAAAGAGACACCCCUCCACAGACAGCCAUAGCUCAGUGAUGACCUGUGAUAAAGCUGUGCUGGUGUCCAAAGCGGAAGAGUACCUAAAAACACCAAGGUCUUCGAUAGGAAUACAGGUGGAAGCAGCCACUGAUUCUGAGUGUGAAAGCAAAGGCUCUCGAGAGUAUCAUUCUGUUGGGAUUCAAGUGGAAGACGAGAGACGACAGGGCCGGUUUAAGCGGUCCAACAGUGUCACUGCUGCUGUUCAGGCUGAUCUGGAGUUGGAGGGUUUCCCUUUAAUGGAGGAUAAAGGUCUUCAGUUUGGCGGAGGUUUCCAGCGUCACAGCGAGCCCAGCACCCCUACGCAGUAUGGCGCUGUUCGGACGGUCCGCACACAGGGUCUCUUCAGCUACCGCGAGGACUACCGCACCCCCACAGAGCCCCCAAGUCCCCAGCGAAGCCCUGAGCCCUGGCUGGAGCCCUCACCACGGGAACCCAUCGCCACCGUGGCGGUUACAGUGACGCCACCCCAACCCACGGAUUCAGGAAGAGCAUCGCCCUCGUGCAGGAGGGACGGAUGCUGGUUCAUGCAAUUGCUGCACACAGAGACAAAAAAGAUGGAAGGAUGGUGCAAAGAGCUGGAGGGAGAGGCAGAAGAGAACGAUCUGUCAGAGGAAAUCCUAGGGAAGAUCCGGAGUGCUGUAGGAAGCGCACAGCUCCUAAUGUCCCAGAAAUUCCAGCAAUUUUAUUGGCUUUGCCAGCAGAAUCUAGACCCCAGUGCCAUGCCUCGGCCCACCUCUCAGGACCUGGCCGGGUUCUGGGACCUGCUGCAGCUCUCCAUCGAUGAUGUUACCUCCAAAUUCAAUGAGCUGCAGAAGAUUAAAUCCAAUGACUGGAGACUUAUUGAAAGUCCUGUGAAGAAGCUCCCGCCGCCAGUUCCAAAGAAGACAUUGCGUAAGAGUGUGACAAGGGAAAAAUCUCUGGACCUCCCUGACCGUCAGAGACAGGAGGCACGACGGCGCCUCAUGGCAGCCAAACGUGCAGCUUCAUUCCGCCAAAACUCAGCAUCAGAGCGGGCCGACAGCAUUGAGAUCUAUAUACCAGAGGCCCAAACGCGGCUCUGAGAAUCACAGGGAACACCUUUAUCACACCAUCAUCACUCUCAGUGACACAGCCUGAUCCUACGAAAUACCACAAUACAUUCAUCAAACAAAUCAUCUGAAACAAAAGAGUUUCAUUCCUGUCAGAAGGGUUUUGUACCUUUCAGAACUGCCUGUGACAUCCAUAUGAAGUUCUCCCUGUUUAAGGAGACAUACUUCACCAAAAUUGCACAACAUAUCGCAAUUGUAGACCCACAUUAUGUUGCUUGACGAAGCAAAACUUUACAUAUAAGCUUUAAUCACAGUCAAUCUGAUGAAAUAUCUGAGUGUCUUUAUGACAUCUGUUAAGCACUUUCAAAAUUUAAAAAUUGACAUUUUUGAGGCCUCAAAUUUAAACAAUUCAUUGGUUUUCAUUACAUUAAAAAACCUGAAAAGAAGUAUUUAGUUCCGGUUCCAUCUGGUUCCAUUCAUUUAAGUUCUGUAGCUUUGUUUUUCCGUUCUUACAAUUAAUUUAUCUCUCUCUUUGUCUUUGUAUUUGUGUUUUUCUUUCUUUUCUUUUCUUUCCUUUCCAUCUCGCUCCACAGUGAAGUCCUUCGUAUUUUUCUCAUGGACUCUCUUGUGAGCAUUUAUGUAAGUGCCAGUGUUGAAAUACCUCAAUCAUACAUUUUAGACUGAAGCCGUUGGUCAGAGCGGACAGUCGCAGCCUUUUAAAAAACGUUGUUGGUCGGGAAAAUGUAAAUCUCGGCUUGAGGGUUCACAUUGCCGGAUUGAAGAUGAGUUUUUAUCAUUCACCUACUUACUGAUAUCAAAUAUACAGCUGUCACAUUGCUUCAUACUUGAUGUUAUUUUA